GACAUUCUGCUGAUUGGUAAAACUGGCAAUGGCAAGAGUGCAACCGGUAAUAUGAUCCUUGGGCGGAAUGUAUUUCAGAGUUUGCCAAGCAGCUCAUCCGUUACAAAGGACGUUGAUUACGAUUGGGUCAGAUUCGAAGACCGCUACAUUAAAAUAGUUGAUGGGCCUGGUGUGGCGGACACAGACAACAUUAAGGACUUUGACCAGGCCACCCAGUUCAUUGUUGAGAAGAUGAAGCAUGCGGUAACAUUCAGUCCCGCCGGCUACCACGCGUUUCUGCUCGUUGUAAAAUAUGGGAACCGAUUUACAGCUGAAGAGCAUUUUUGCAUUAAAAUGCUAAAAAGCAUAUUUGGCCGAGACUUUGUCAAGAAUUUCUGUAUACUGUUAGUGACAGCUGGAGACAUGUUCAGGGCAGAUAAUCCGGACAAACUAUUUUUGAAAUGGUGUGACGAGCAGGACGGUAUUUUUCGAGACCUUUUACAAGAGUGCAACAAUCGGGUCUUGUUGUUCGACAACAAGACAAAAGACGUAAACGUGAGGUUCAAACAAGUUAAAAAUUUAAUUGAGACCGUUGAUAAUUUGCAGACUGGGGGAAGACGAUACACUGAUACAUAUUUUGAGGAAAUGGCAGCAGAACGCGAGCAAUUUUUCUUGGAGUGCAAAGAGCCCAUGAUUAGGGAAGACACCGUUAUUCAAGCUAAUUUUAUAAUGCAGGACCUCGAAGAGAUCUCAGAUCUAGAGGUGGAAUAUCAGAGAGUUAAACUCCACGAGCUUAACAUAAGAACAAACGCUCUAAAAGGUGACAUUUUAGACAAAGACAGAGGAACUGGCAUCCUCCAACAAGCAGUUGAUACAGUGAACGGUAUUUUGGCGUUGAUAAAAGAUAAAAUUGAUUCGCUUGAGGAAUUCGCCAAACCAACACAAGAUCGGUCCCAA